AUGGCCCUAAGGUACGAGGACAAGGAAGAGAUUCUCGACAAAGAACUCGUUGAGAUCAACGAAUCUACUACUACUCCUAAAGAAAUCACCGAGUAUAAGGCACAAUGCAAAGAAGCAACAAAGGUGUCAUGUAUCAUGCUAGCCACUAUAACUCCCGAGCUUCAAAAGUUCUACGAGGACUAUUGGCAUUAUGACAUGCACCAAGAUUUGAUAGAAAAGUACCAUCAAAUUGCACGUCAAGAGAGGUACGAGAUAGUUUCCUCGUCAAUCACGACUAAAAUGAAGGAUGGAAAGUCCAUCACGACCCACUUGCAAAGAAUGCGAAGAUACGUGGAUCGUUUUCUCCAGCUAAAUGUCAACUUUGAUGAAGACUUGGCCAUUGAUAUUAUCCUCCACUCUUUACCUCCUUGUUAUGAGCAGUUCAAGAUGAAUUAUCAUAUGAACAAGUAA